AAAAACAGAUUUUUUCUUCCAAAUUUGUUAAGAAAAAACAAAAAAACAAAAUUGCUCAUGAUUCCUGUCGAAAUUGGCGCUAUUUGGUAUUUAAUGUUUGCAUUUCAACUCAACUUGAAAUUUGAGUGUAUGUGUUUGAGUAUAAAAAUAGCGAAAUGUCAUCGAGCUGUCAGUGUAGUCUUGAAAUUCAGUCUAGUCGUUUGUUGUCAUAAGGCAGCUACGAAAAUAAAUUGUUGAGUCGCAGAAUUGUUGUCAAUUUAAAUAGUUGAAUUUGAAGGCAAUAUCUAAUAUUCUUUCCAGCAAAAAUGUCGUUUACAAAAUACCCCAAAAAUUAUCAUCAAAAUGGAUUAGGUUGGCAGAAUCCAGCAGCAUUUAGCUAUCCAACUCAACCGCGUCCACAGCCUCAAGCCCAUACCUAUCAGAAAACGGUGACACCAGGAUUUCCAUCAGUGCCAAGUCCAUUUGGAAUGCCACCGCUACCAAAUGUUGCUCGUGACAAUAGUCGGGUUGAUGGAGUGAGUUUGUCGUAUGGAUUCGCUCCAAACGUAAUUCCAUGCCAUAUACCAAAUGCACAGCGGCAAGACAGCCCUACAAAAGGACCAACCAUUGGAUGGGCCAUCGGAGACAAACCAGAUGGUGCAUGCAUUUCAUCGCAACCCGCUGAGGACAGUCCAGUUGAAAACAAACAAAUCGAAGUUCUUUGUCGUGCCAUCCAUGUUCCAGAUGAAGAUAUGCCAAUAUAUUCGUUUGGAUAUUCAUCGUUGGGAGAAAAAGGAAGUGACGGUCCUCGGAGCACACAGGAUUUUAUUACUUUGCGUAACUAUUGCUUGGAGAAUGGGUUAUUUUUCGAAGAUCCGGAAUUUCCAGCAGCCGAAUCAUCGCUGCAGUUUUCGCGACGAAUGGAUCGUCGUGUUGAAUGGUUGCGGCCACACGAGAUUGCCGAUGACCCGAAGUUUUUCGUCGAAGGUUUCUCACGAUUUGAUGUGCAACAAGGAGAAUUGGGUGAUUGUUGGCUAUUAGCGGCUACCGCUUCAUUAACACAGGACUCAAGAAUGUUCUUCCGUGUCGUUCCCGAUGAUCAAAGUUUUGAGGAAAAUUACGUUGGGAUUUUUCACUUCAAAUUUUGGCAGUAUGGUCGUUGGAUUGAUGUUGUUAUUGAUGAUCGACUUCCUACUUAUCGCGGAAAACUCCUCUACAUGCAUUCAACCGAAGAGAAUGAGUUUUGGAGCGCUUUGCUUGAGAAAGCCUAUGCGAAAUUACAUGGGUCAUACGAAGCAUUGAAAGGUGGUACUACAUGCGAGGCUAUGGAGGAUUUCACCGGCGGUGUAACCGAGAUGUACGACUUGGCUGAAGCACCACCGAAUCUAUUCAAUCUGUUACUUAAGGGCUAUGAACGUAACUCGAUGAUGGCUUGUAGCAUUGAACCAGAUCCAAACGUGUUUGAGGCGGAAACUCGUGAGGGUUUGAUCAAGGGACAUGCGUAUACAAUUACAAAAAUCGAUCUUAUGGAUAUUUCAACACCGAACAAACGGGGAAAGAUACCAAUGUUACGCAUCCGAAAUCCAUGGGGCAACGAAGCCGAAUGGAAUGGUCCAUGGAGUGAUAAGUCGUCAGAAUGGCGUUUCAUACCGGAUGAUGAAAAGGAAAGAAUUGGCUUGAAUUUUGAUCAUGAUGGUGAAUUUUGGAUGAGCUUCCAAGAUUGGAUGAAAUAUUUCGAUCGCGUUGAAAUUUGUAACUUGUGUCCAACAGCAUUGACCGAAGAUCAAAUCAGUGGACGGAAAAAACGAUGGGAGAUGUCUGUGUUUGAGGGUGAAUGGGUUCAGGGUGCAUCAGCUGGUGGUUGUCGUAAUUAUUUGGAAACAUUCUGGCAGAAUCCACAGUAUAUUGUCACAUUGGAACAACCGGACGAAAACGAUGAUGACGGCCUAUGCACACUUCUUGUUGCUUUGAUGCAAAAGAAUCGACGCUCGAGACGAAACAUGGGCAUGGAUUGUUUGACUAUCGGAUUUGCCAUUUAUAAAAUUACCGAACGUGACAUGAUGAAUAAACCACUUAGAAUGAACUUCUUCAAAUACAAUGCAUCCGUCGCUCGAUCAGCAGCAUUUAUCAACUUACGUGAAGUGAGUUGCCGGUUUAAGCUACCUCCAGGCCAUUAUCUUAUUGUUCCAUCCACCUAUGAACCGAACGAAGAUGGAGAGUUCUUGAUUCGCGUGUUUUCGGAACAGAAAAAUACGAUGGAGUGUGCCAAUUAUCCUUAUUAAGAAAAGAAAUCGAUAUCACCACGAAUAUAUGUGUGAUUAUUUUCUACAUUUUUCUAUGAUAAAAUCUCCCGCACAAAUUUUGCACUAUCUUGCCAUGGCUUCGUACAUUAUUUACACGCUACUAUUUUGUUAACCUACUAUUCCAUGACAUAUUGGCUUCUAUUUUGUAUAUGAAUCUGAUUCAAUACUCCAUACUUUUUUUCGUCUUGAAAUCUUUAUUUUUUCGAGUUUUUUGAAGACACCAGAUAAAUUAAUUGCAAUAUAAAAACAAAUCUAUUUUCAAUAUUCUUUUUUAAAUAAAACAAAUUUAUCGACACAAAAA